UGACCCAGUGCCGUCUACCUGUGGCGCGCCGUGCGUUCGCUUCUUCCUCAUGACUUUCAUCUCGAGGUGACGUCGCUGACGCACUGGAGGUGUCUGCGGUUCUAUGGACGAAGUUGUGCUCAGUUUGCGCCUCCCGUCAUUCGCUCCCCCCGGACUCUGGGAAUGACAUUUGUUGCAACUACCAGGAUGCAGUGGCUGUGCCAGCGGUGCCAUAAAGAGACUGCCCUCAACUCUGCCUUCCGCUCGGUGCUGCUCAUGUCAUGUGUGUUCCUGGUCCUGUCUGUGUCCCUGUACCCUGGGCUGUGGUCCAUUGGGGUCCAGCUUCAUUCAGUCUUCACAGGGAGCUAUGUGCCAGGCCACUACUCCGUCCUCCUCAUCAACAGUCCCAACGAACAGGCAGCCAAGGACAUCGGCAGGGCCAUCACGGAGAGACGGCUGGCGGCCAGUAUUAACAUUCUCUCCAAGACCUCCACAAUGUACUACUGGAAAGGUGAAAUCCAGGAUGCUAGUGAAAUCCUAAUGCUGGUGAAAACCAAGACCUCCAGGAUCCAGCAAGUCAUAGGUUAUGUGAGGUCCCUUCAUCCCUAUGCCAACCCAGAAGUCCUCAGUUUCCCCGUGGAGGACGGCAGUCUGGCUUACAUGAAGUGGAUGGAUGAAGCCAUUCCAGAUGACUGACGACACAUCAUUAAAAUCAAAGCCAAUCUCAGCGUGGACCGGGGCCCCGAACGAGGGAACUGAGCCAUGUGCACAGGCGGCUGUUUGGGGGCUUUGGAUCGAAAGGGUUCAGAAAGCGCUCUGCUGAAAUUAAAGUUUGAUGCGUGACAUUUACACCAUUUUGCUGCUCUGGCCUUUUCGGACAGAAACGAUGCGGAGAUGUGAUCUAAAUCCAUUAAUGUACCACAAAAACUGUCCACCAGAAAAAUCUUAUAUAAAAACGCACAAGGUGCAUUAAGCUGCUGACAGACAUGACGAGUCCAGCCUACGGUACUCUAAGGGUAUCAACCCAAUUAAGUCUUUAGUACACAUUCAGAGCAACUAGUGUGGCUCCACCUUUAAAAACGUGCCACGGACGAUAUUCACUGCAAUGUUUGUAACGUUUUUAUUUCCUUUAUUGAUGUGGAACAGUCAACAGAACGGCUGUAAAGGCUAAAGGGACAACACUGCUGGAUACCACUCCUCCUCUACUCAGGACUGUACUAAUAAAACAUUUACAACCA